CUUCUUCCCCGAGAAACGCGGCCCAUAAAGAGGCGGAAAGAAACAAUACCUAGAGAGAGAGAGAGCGCCGAACGCGGAGGCAAAGGCCGCAUCUUUGCGUCUUCUUCGUGGAGAUGGAACUCGAAAUGCCUGUCUUCGUCGACACCAGCCUCGGCACUCGUCUCGCCCUGUCCGCCCCCGGUAGCAUCACGGCUCGAGACCUCAAACGUGAGUGAUCUUCUCUAUUCGGUCCAUUUGAUUUGAUCAAUGUAGAUUUGUUACCGUUGUUUGCUUCUCUUGCUUUGCUGCAAUGGCUAUUCGAUCUCUGCAAUCUCCCUAAUGGUUUCUGAAGAAACUGCUUAAUCAGGUUUUGUUAGUAUGCUACCUAGAGUAGUGUUGUUAGUAUGAUACCUAGGAUACUUAGCACUUUAGCUACAAUACUGCAGGGGUUGACAUGCACAAUACCUAGUGUUUCAUUCACAACAAGGACUACCCGGGUCUCUAGUCUCAUUUGCUCCCCUAUCUUUCAUCGCUUAGAUUUAAUGUUGGUUCAAUACAAAAAAUAAUGUGAAAUAUGAGAAUGCUAAGAUGAAUAUGUAAUUCAUAGAAAAUAUAAAAACAAAAUCUUUUUUAUCCGGGUGCAAUUGAAAAAUAAGUUAAAAUGAUAUAAGCAUGUUUAAAGACAUCGAUAGGAGUUUAGCUAAUUAUAAUGAACGGUGUAUUAGAUAGAGCGAGACGCAAGAAAAGUUUAACUAAUGUGAUGUUUCAAUUGUUUUGAACAAUAUUUAGUGAUAUGGCUAGCCCAAACGGUUAGGUUUGGUAUGAUUUGAUAACAAUGAUGAUGUUGAUAGCUGAUCUUGUUCGAAAGCUGAGAAGACGGUAGGCUGGGAAAGAUGACUCUGCUGUUAACUAAAUGAAGACUCGUCGUUGUCAAAUAGUGACUCCAAAGUGCCCCUGCGUGUCAAAAAAGAGCAUUAGCACCCGGAUCAGGGAAGAGGUCCUCGGCGUAGGCAUUUCGACGUUCAAGUCAGUGAUAUGAUCGAGUAGAAUGAACCGUGGUUAUGAGCGUGUGUAAUCGCGUAGCAUCACUUACCUGCACCUAUAGGUGGAUACCACUUUUAUAGUGCUACUUGUUUGUGCACGAAUCCCAAAGCAUUUUCAAAAAAGGACUGAUCAUACAGAUUCUCUGACACCUUUCCUUAAAUGGACGUGCAAUCUUUGCAUUUGGCAGAGAAGAAGCUUCUAGCAUACAGUUUGCAUGUAGAAUAUUCUCUGUCCUCCGUGGCACGGAAUGCCAAAAAAGAAUAUAAAGCCGUUGGGUUGAGGGGCCCGCAAUAUGCAUACAUGAUAAGCAAAUCGAGUUCCUCCUAUGACCCGAUCGACCAUCACUUGCAAAGGCGGCCGAUCGGAUUUACAGAGUGUUUUCGGGGACUCGUUCCUCACUUGGUUUAUCUGUUUAGCCAAAGAGUUCAAUCGGACCGGGCAUCUAGUCCAAUUGAAUGGACUGCUCGACCAAAAGCUGGUUAAUCGCGUUGUCUUUGAAUGGCAAAGAAGCCUUGGCUCUAGCAAGUGCUGACUCGUCUUUAACUAUUCAUCAGUAUUCAUGGAUCGGUGUCCGAUCAGCCCAUCGGUCCGGUCAGACGAACUCUCAUGUGUCGAUCGACUGUGCUGGAUUCGAGGGUUCACCCCUCCUUGACUUGGAAUGUCACGUCAACCGGAUUUCUUGACUUUGACCUGACUCGGAGGCUCCACAUCAUCUGCCAUAUCAAUGACAUUGACGAUGGUAAGCUCAAGUGUGAGCAUAUUUUGUGUUUUCCAACCUUAGGAGAAAUCAUUGUCCAUUCCCUCAUGGUAAAGCAAAAAACGAAUUUAUAUCAUAUUCCCGAUUCAAUGUUUAUAAGGGAAGCCUGUUGUGGAUCGCGAUCUGCUUGGUUUCUUCAAAUGAAUGCAUCCCUAUUGACUGACAUAACUUUGCAACAAAUAGAAUCACCUCCCUCUAUAAACCACAGAAGACAAAAAAUUUCUCAUCAGGGUGAAAGUGUCUGUCCAAAUUCCAAAAUAAUGUCAGCUUCAAGUAACGAUCCCAACAACAUCUCAACAUGUUGCAAAGUUUCUGAUCAAUCCUUGCGCUCUGAAGUACAAGGAUUCUCAACUCUGAAUGACAGAAAAAGUCCUAAUGUAACUAAGAUAGUGAAAUUAGGAGAAAACAUUCAAGUGAAUGCUGUUGCAAAGGAGGCUGUGGACACUUCUAAAACCUGCAAAUCUGUAAAUUCUGAUGUGGAUUCUGCAAAGAAGGUGUUUCAAAGGGGCGAAACUUGGCUAUCAGAACACCCAUCAAAAGGUGGGGAAAAGAUGAAUUCUUCACCAAUUAAAGAGGUUCCUAGUGCCAACUGUUCAGAGGAAAUCUCUGUUAGUGGUCUUAUUUUGAGAUAUUUCUGUGACAAUGACGAAGUGAAUGCUUCCAAAAUUUGGCAAAAAUUAGGGAGACAGACUGUUUCAGAUGUUUAUGAUUCUAAUUGUAUCGAAGAAACCAGUUUUGCAAUGAAACAUGGACAGUACUCGGCUGAGGAAAGAGCCUCGAAUGAAAUCCCAGCUUGUUCUGUCAAUAGCAGUGCAUCAGAAACAAAAUUUUCUUCUUCUCGGGGCUGUAAAACUGCAAUAAUUGUCAAGCAUGAUCCAACUUUUGACGACGAUGAGAUCUCACAUGGUGUUAUUGCAAAUGUAAAGAAAACCAAUAGGUGCUGCAUUCGCCAAGCAGAAAAUAGUUUGUCGGGAGCAAACAAACAUCAAAGGCUGAGUAGACGACGAGUCAAUAGAAAACUUGCUCCUUUGACACCUCAGUCUAUAUCAAAGAUUCGUCGAUCACCAUUCAACAAGCAUAGUAUAACUUUUAACUGCAACAGAUAUGAAGUCGGGAAGCACCUUGUCCUAGCAGCAAAGAGGAUAUCUCCCUCUGUCGGCGCACAAAUUUCACCAAUGUUUCACUCCAUCUCUAGGUGUGGAAAUGUUUGUGCACUCAAUUCAACUCUGAUUCCGAAAAGAUGUGUGUUUGAGAUAAGUGAUUCUGAUCAUUGACAAUCCGAGUUAACGUGGGAAAUGAUCCACAGCAGGCUUUCUUGUGACAAUGGUUCUUUCUUAUACUGGAUUGUGGCUCCAAGACUGCAAUGAUCCAGGCAAACAAUAUGAAAUCGGAUUGAGAAAUUCAAUCGCGACCAUUGUGCUAGUAUUGUAUCUUCUCUAGUUGCAUCUUUGGUACAUGAUGUCUAGCCUAAAAAUCAUACACACGAAGAAGUAUAAAAUCAUUGUUAGAACCAUCCUACUAGCCUCUUCUUGUAGGUUAUAGUUUAGAAGGGAACCCACCUCACCUCAUCCAUUGUAGUUUUGAUCCCAGAGACAGACUCCCUUACAAGUUUUGCAAACUUUUCUUCCACAAGUUUAUGUAAUAUAUAUUUCAAGAUGAGAUCUGCUUCUCUUCUACCUUGUGUAAGCUCCGAAAUGACAUUUGGAGCUUCAGUACUGUGAUAUUGCUCAGAGAACUACUGGAGUUUAUGUUGUUCAUCUUUGCCAAUGAUAUUGCAGUGAAACUGAUAAAUGGGCUACACAUUGCUUA